AUCAAACCGAAUAGAAUUAGGUGGCUGGGACUCUGGUGGAGGAUGAAGAAGAGGGCAUCCCAGAUUGCGGUGGCUGGAGGACGUGGAGGAGGACAUGAGGACGCUUGGAGUCUGAAGGUGGAGAAGAGCUGCUUUGGACAGGGACGAAUAGCGGAGAAUUCUGGAGGAGGCUAGGGUUCUGCAAGGACCAUAGUGCCAU